AUGAGUCUUCAUUAUUCUUUGUGUUUCUUCAUGCUAUUUGUUUCAGUUUUGCAAGCUUUUCCCCAAUUCAUGAUGCCAGCCGAAGAUUUCUCGAUUGAAACUCCACCUCGUCCAUUCCUUGCACCCAGACACAUCUUCUCCGAAAAUGUUGAUGAUGAUCGACUAAAACGAAUGUUUGUUGCUCGAAUCGGCAAACGCGGUUCAUAUGGUGGAUGGGGUCUUCCAGAUAAAAGGAUGGCUUUUUACGCAGCGCGCAUUGGAAAGCGUUCAUCAGUCCGUCUUCCUUGGGAUACUCACGCUUUCCGAAUGCCCCCACAUUUGAGAUUGGCU